UGGAGAAAUGUUAGAAUUGAUAGUAGAGGAAAUAUCAGAAUUGAUGGUAAAGGAAUGUCAGAAUUGUAGUGAAGAAAUAUCGGAAUUAAUGAUAAAGGAAUAUUGGAAUUGUAGUGGAGAAAUAUCAGAAUUGAUGGUAGAGGAAUGUCAGAAUUGUAGUGGAGAAAUAUCAGAAUUGAUGAUAAAGAAAUAUUGGAAUUGUAGUGGAGAAAUAUCAGAAUUGAUGAUAGAGGAAUGUCAAAAUUAA